CAUGGUCACCUCGAUUAAUUCUUUAUCGAUUCGACGCGGCACGAGGAGAGUUACAGUAAAAAGCUCUUCACCGUGGGGAUGCAAACGACCAGAUGGAUGAUCGACGAAGAAAUCGACCGUUUUUGUCACGAAUCGGAUCUUUCCGUAGCGUCAUGCCGAGUAAUUUGAAAGGAAAAUGCAGCGGCAGAUUUCGAAUCUGCAUUUAUUCAUGGAUCAUGAUCUACUGGACGGUUCCAGGGAUCGGCAGGGUUGCUUGAUUGAAUUGAGGAAUGUCGUCGCGUAAGAAGGCUGACGAAGAAGAGGAGCAACGGAACGCGGAAAAUAGGUGGGACGAGCGGAGAAACAAAUCGUAAUGACCGAGGCUACGAAGAAGGAUACAGUUACGAGGGAAUCUUUCCACGACGAGCAGAGACUCGUUCGACUUCUCGACCGUGUUCGAUCUAAUUUCCGAUCGGUACGCAUGCAGAGAUGUCGACGACCACUUUCCUAAAAAGUGUUAACAAAAGAUCGUGUAUUUAUCGACACGUGUAUUCACCUGGUUUUUUGAUACACCAACGACGAUCAAGGACGAGGGGAUCCCUUGAGAGAAUCGUUAAAAGAGCAUCAGAAUUUUUCGGCUCCUCGGUUAAAUUACAGAGGACAAUGUCUAAAUCACCGCUAUCGUCGUGUUCCCUGAAAAUUUACCACUCGUGCGCCUUUACAAGAAUCGUGUUCGCACGACGAUCACGCAAAUAACCAUCGAUUGUCAUGGAUUACGACAGCAUGAAACAGUGGGUAACUGCGUUCGGAAGUUGGCGAUGGUGGAAGAAUAAUACAGCGAGGCAAGGAAUUCGAAGAAUCAUCGUUACGGCUGCAAUUUCGGAGGAUGUUGCGAGAGAGAAACAAUCUUCAGACGAAAAAUGUCGCUAUCAGAUGAAAGACAACAUCUCGCAUACUGGAACAAAGUGAAAAUCAAUUAAUUCGCAAGAAGUGAAGGAACUCGUUCGAUACUGGAUAUCCACCAUUAAGAGAAGAAACGUUUACAUUUCUGCCGUAGCAGUGGGCAGCAAUAAAUAUUUGUUGUCUGACUGUCGAUCGGAACCACUAUGCGACACAGUGGCUUGACAGACGUGCCGCUGUCGUUCGAGCUAAGUGCUCUCUGGCACGUUACACCGCAAUACCUUGCAUCAUUGAUUCAUUCGUUUCAGAAUUGUACCGAGUAUUAAACAUAGAAAGCAAGAUGUCUUGUGAAUCGCAAUGAA